UAAAAGCCUCACACAUAAAUGGAAUGUGGUACUUAAAUGCCAAUCAAGAAGAUAAGGCAGUACAACGAAUUGGACAUUAAUCAGUCAGUAAAAAUGAAUCGAAAGAAAUUGAUCGUACUAGUGUCACUAGCAGUGGCAGUUGUUGUAGCAAUUGUAGUAACAGUGCUUGUGGUGGUGUUAACUCGUGAGAAUUCAGAAAAUAGGGCAAUCUGCGAAAGAUCACAAAAUAGCGGCUUACCAUUCUGUGACUCCAGUCUGCCGUUAGAUGCACGUGUUCAAGAUUUGAUCAGCCAUUUAACAUUGGAUGAGAAAAUUUGUUUAGUCGUUGAUCAAGCCACGGGUGCAUCGAAAAAUAUAGAAUUAGACCUGUACUACUGGUGGAAUGAAGCACUUCACGGUGUUGCGUGGAAUCGUAAUGCUGGCACAUUUUUCCGGCCGCCCACUGAAUAUUCGACAGUCUUUCCACAAAUUAUCAGCCUGGCCACAUCGUUCGAUCGGAACUUAUUCUUUCGAAUGGCAAACGCGACUGGUAAUGAAGCGCGCGCUUUCUACAAUGCUGGCAAUUCAGGCUUGACAUUUUGGAGUCCAAACGUUAAUAUCUUCCGUGAUCCGAGAUGGGGUAGAGGACAAGAAACGCCGGGCGAAGAUCCGUAUUUGAAUGCCGAAUAUGCUCGAAUGUUCGUUGACGGACUGCAAGGUGACGAAAAACAAGCUGGUUUUCUCAAGGUGUCGGCUUGUUGUAAACAUUUUGCUGCACAUAGCUUGGAAGAGAACAGGCAUUCGUUCGAUGCUGUCGUUACCAAACAGGAUAUGGCAGACACAUACCUACCAGCGUUCAAAGCGUGCGUUGAAAACAACGUAACAUCAAUCAUGACGGCAUACAGUGCAAUCAAUGGAACACCGGCAACGGCUCACAAAUAUUACAUUACUGACGUGAUUAGAGGGCAAUGGGGUUUCGACGGAUAUGUCGUGUCUGAUUGUGGUGCUGUAGAUGACGUCUUAUUUGAACACAAAUACACAAAUACCGGAUCCGAAACUUGUCGUGCUGUUCUUGAUGCCGGCAUGGAUGUCGAGUGCGGCUUGUAUGGCAGUUUCUUCACUGGUCAAGGAUUUCUACAAGAAGCAAUCGAUGAUGGACUCGUCACAGAAACAAUGCUGGAUACUGCUCUGUCGAGAGGAUUUCGAGUAUUGAUGCGUUUAGGGCACUUUGAAAAGGAGGACACGCGACCGUUCAAGGAAAUUCAACCCGAAAUCGUCGACAGCGAGCCUCACAGACUGUUGUCCCUUGAGUGUGCUCGACGUAGCAUAGUGCUACUGAAAAAUGACCCAAAUGAAUCAGGAAUUCAGACGUUGCCGUUAAAUUAUCAGGACUAUUCAGUCGCCAGUGGCGCGUCAAUGUCUUUGAUUGGACCUCAUCUGAACGCGAGUACUGUAUUCCUGGGAAAUUACCACGGAAUUCCGUCUUCGAUCAAAACACCGUUGAACGAAAUACGUGCCUAUGUACCGAAUUUGAAAUGGGAGGUCGGUUGUGACAUUGAUUCGCUUGAGAAUGUUCGCCUUAACGAAGCGGAAGAGAUGGCGCGCACAUCGUCUCAAGUGGUACUGUUCGUCGGUAUUAGUACGGAAAUUGAAGGUGAAUAUGGCGAUCGUCUCAAUAUUAAUCUACCCGGAAUUCAAAUCGAACUGGUUCGUCGUGUCUUGGCUGCCGCUCAACGUCCUGUUAUAAUGUUUGUCGUUUCUGGCGGUGCCAUCGAUUUGUCGGAAUACAAAAAUGAUCCCCGAGUUGCUGCUAUUAUUUGGGCUGGAUAUAUUGGCCAGUCAGGUGGUGAGGCCAUAGCCGAUGUCCUGUUCGGCAAUUAUAAUCCCUCCGGACGUCUAACACAAACAUUUUACGCUAACUCAUAUCUGGAUGAGGCUAUCAAACAAGAUAUGAAUAUGAGACCAGUAAAUGGAAGGCCUGGACGCACUUAUCGGUUUUAUGACGGCGAGCCGGUUUAUCGGUUCGGUUUCGGGCUCAGUUACACUACGUUCCGGUACACAUUUUCGUCAAACAAUGACAUUGAGAUUUCACAGUUUGCCAGUGCAUGUACAGAGAUUGGCUUGAUUGUGGAAAAUGUUGGACAACGGGCGGGUGAUCAUUCGGUGUUGUGGUUUGUGGCGCCACCAAAUGCAGGCGAGAGAGGACAGCCCAUUAAGAAUUUGCGAGAGUUUGAGAAACUUCACAACAUUUUACCAUCAGAAAACAAAGACAGUCACAUUUGUUUAUGGCCAAGCAUGUUCCAACUAGCCAAUGACGAAGGAGAUUUCGAGGUGAUUGUAGGUGAAUGGUCUCUGAUGGUUGGAGACUUAACUAAAAGAAUUGUUGUAACCUAAAGUUUGAAAAUUGAAAUAAAAAGUUGUAAA